AUGCUAUUUUUUAGCAUUACCCAUUGCCACUUGUGUCUUGCUGGCUAUCUUGAUGAUCCGGUUAUCAUUAAUGGUAUGUAUUACUACUCUGUCUUCAUUAGCGGUACUACAGAGGAGGUCAUAGAUGGUACCUCUCAUGUUGGCGUAAUGUGCUUACCUUCCCUUGCUUCUUCACAAUAUGACAAGGAAAGUAUCGUCUUAUGCGAUAUGUGUCGCGGUGGAUCAUCAAUUCGAAUAAUCAAUCAAAGUGGUAUAUUUACUCUGGCUGGAUCACGAAAAUAUAAGGGCUUUAUUGAUGGUGCGCCUGAUAUCGCGCGUUUUCAAGGUAUCGAUUACGGCAAUAAAUUAGCGAACGGUGUCAGCGUUAUUGACAAGCAAAUUUUCAUUGCUGACACACAAAACAGUGCAGUGCGUACUAUUUCACCGGAAGGCAAUGUGCGAACAUUGUUUGAUUAUAGAACGGAAUACGAUAAAAAACCCAUCUCCUACCCAGUACAUGUCGCGCCAUGUUUGGAAUCAAGCGAUUACAUGAGUUUAAUCAUAUCAGAUUCUGGUAACCGACGCAUGCUUUUGGCAACCUUUACCAGCACCACAACCUCCGUUAUAACCUUGCUUGCGGAGAAUCUUCAGCCAGACCAGCUGUUUGUAACCAAGGACAAUAAGCUACUUUACUAUUCUACUGGAUACACCCCUGAAGUGUUAAAAGUUAUCAAUUUGACAAGUCGUAAGGGAUGGAAUAUUGGCAAUUCGGGUUGCUUGGGAUACAAAAGUGCUCUUGCGUUGACAAAUGACGAGAAGGAGCUGUUGUACUAUGGGAUUGUAAACAACGUGGCGGGGGUGUAUUCCCUCAGCACAGAAACCACCCCUGACGUGGCACCAACGCUAUGCCCGACGCUGAAAUUCCUUUGGCCCAAUAAUUUCAAUGACAUUCAGGAUGUGGUGACGCGUGAUGACACCUCUUGGUGGGUGUUAACCAAAACCUCGCUGUUUUUGGUUUCCACACACGCGAUCGAUAACAGCAGUAGUGGGAGUGGCAUCAAACCUCCCAAUCGCAAUCCCGUCAUUGCUGCAUUUCCAACCGAUUCUUUACCCAAUAACGAUAGCUGUUUAAUGUCAGAGUUCUUCUACUGGGUUCGCAAAGACGUCGAGAUCGCCUACAGGACGAAUGACUACCUCACCCAGUUCGAGCCGCUGAAUAGCCCUAGUAUGUUGAUUGGGGGAUCGGUUAACGUCUCGACCUGGUGUAAUCGAAUUACUGCCAGUAAAAGCAAUGAUGGGACGAUCACUUUUCUUAAAUUUUGGGGGCCCCUGAUGCUGUCCCCACAACUCACAAAGCGUGCGCUGAUCGAGUCAAAUUGGACGAACACCAAAAGAUUUCUUCAGACUCAGGGUAUAAAGAAGGAACCUUUCUGCUUCUUCGACUGCGGCGGUCAAUGUAAAACCAAGACCUUUAGUAUAGAAAUGUGUUUAGGGUACAAAAGUUUUUCAUGUGAUGAUGUGUGUAAAGGAACGAUUGCCUCAGGAGCGGUUAUGGGAGCCUGCGGGGUGGUUCUUUUGAUACUCAUGAUCCUGAGUCCCAGCAAUAUACUUAACGCUUUGACAAUGGUUCCCAUCGUUUAA